GGGCAACAAGAUCGUCAUGUUCGAGAUAUGACACGUUUCCCGCUGUCAACGAGCAUUACACGGCGCGGAACCCCCAGUGCAGCCUGUAUCUAUCACCACGUGCAUGACACACCACUUUACUCUGAGCCUGUGAGCUACCAGCCAAUUGCUCUCCGAAAGCCUCAUUUGCGACAAGACUUGGGUGGCUGCCAGUUCACCACGCAGCUUGACAGCAGCAAGCGGCGCAGAAGCAGUUUCAACAAAUCAUCUUGUCGCUAUCAAGAUGAGGCUGUGAGCCUAUAUGAGUCUUGCUGCCCAACUACUUCAGAGCCAUCGCUUGAAAUGGCUCUAACUGCGCUCGUUUAUCGGUCCAGCCGACUACUUUUAUAAGGCAAUCCAAAAGUUGACAGCUGAUUCACUGUUCUCGGUCCUCAACACCAUUUCAACACCAUCGUGGCUAUGGCAGCGACAACUUGCUCUGUUAGUGGUAUAGAAACACUGCUUGGAAAGGUAGGGCUGGACACUCCAGUACCGGACUUCCCCGAUGCAGAUAUUGUGCAUAACCCACAGGACAUCUUUCGCGUCUACCUUGCCGACACCCUACAGAAGCUUGUCAACUGCGAUAAGCUGGUAGCCUACGAUGCGAUACAGACCUCAAACAUCACAGGAAUGGGCGAUCUCAUUAUUGUAGCUCCUAGACUUAGACUGAAAGGGGUCAAGCCUGAGGAGCUGGCCAAAGAUCUUCUUCAAAAAUUGCCAAGAACACCCCCCUUCGGAUGUCCCCUCCUCGAUGGCAUCCGCCUGCAGGUCUUCUUUUCACCCAACACACUGUCUCGGCUCCUUCUCUCGUACAUCAGUGAUAGGUCUUCGUCCUAUGGUUAUGACACGUCGCUCGGCCUCGCCGAUCCAACAGCUACCGAUGGACGGAAGAAGAAGGUGAUCGUGGAGUUCUCGUCUCCAAAUAUGGCGAGUGAGUUCCAAGUGUCACACUUGAGGAGCACACUGAUCGGCACAUACAUCGCAAAUAUUCACUCUAGGAUGGGGUGGGACGUUGUCAAGAUGAACUACCUCGGCGACUGGGGGAAACAGAUUGGCCUCCUUGCUGCUGGAUGGCAGAGAUUUGGUUCCGAAGAGGAGUUUGAGAAACAGCCGCUCCGUCAUCUUCUCGAAGUCAACCACAAGAUUCAGGAUCUAUUCAAACCAGAAUUGGAAGAAUGUAAGACUGCCAAAGCGAACAAACAGGAUGUCACAGAGAUCGAGUCACGAGGCCUAUAUGCCGAGCGAGACGCCGUCUUCAAGAAGAUGGAGGACAGUGACCCAGAAGCCAUCGCAUUGUGGCAACGUUUCCGCGAUGCAACCGUCAAAGACUACACAGAAUCGUACGCACAGCUUGGGGUAACGUUUGAUGAGUACUCUGGAGAGUCACAGGUCACUGCCGAGUCAAUCGCCGAAGUCGAACAAAUUCUGAAAGAUAAAGGAAUCUAUGAAGAGCAUGACGACUCUUUCAUGAUCGACUUUUCGAAGCACGAUGCAAGAGGACUUUCACUUGCAGUGCUACGCUACCGAAAUGGGACGACCUCCUACUUGUUACGCGAUCUUGCAGCAGUUUUUGACCGAUACAAGAAACACGAGUUUGACAAGAUGAUCUACGUCGUUGCGAUGGAGCAAGAAAUGCACUUCCACCGAGUUACCAAGACUCUUGAGCUCAUGGGAAGACAAGAUCUUGCUGAGCGCAUUCAACAUGUAUCUUUUGCCAAGAUCAAUGGGCUUCCGGAAGAGCUAAAGGGUGCAGAGCUUCUGAGUGACUACCUUGGCGGAUGUCGCUCGAUGGCGCAAACUAGUCUUGACGAGGAGGAGGAGGAGGAGGAAACGUCCCAUGUGGACAAGUCUGAGAAUUCAGCGAGACAACUCAGCCUUGCUGGUCUUUUCAUUCAGGAUCACUACCACAAGAGGAAUACAUCUUAUGCAGUCGAUCCCAAGAAGUCAUUGUCCCUCGAAGGAGAGACAGGGGCGGCUAUCCAGAACUGCUACGCCAGGUUAUUGAAGAAGCUAGAAUCCGGACCGGGCAGCUUCGACUACGCAACACUUGACCAUACUUCGUUGGAAACAGAAGACUAUGCUGAGCUUCUUCGGAUCCUGUUGCAGUAUCCAGAUGCAGCCCAUGGUUCUUUCAGAACCCUUGAACCGUCCUUUAUUGUUGUAUACUUGCUCCGAAUUGUUGAUCAGCUAACAGCCACGCUUGAUGAUGACGAUGAGAAAGAUUGGACAGGCCUCGAUGCAGCUAGUGAGGCGAGAUAUGCCCUCUAUGAGAACGCAAGACAGGUGUUUGAGAAUGCGCUGAGACUUCUUGGUGUAUCACCGUGGAGUGCGUAGGGGCUUUGUUACCAGGUGUAGUCUGUAUGCUUUGAUCUUUUGUCCACAUUUUUCUGUUAGGUACUGCAAGUUUGGCGUUUCUUUUGGGGUUUUCCUCCAAAUUGGAUCUGUCUGGUUUAUAUAUUGCUCAUGAGUUCGAUGAAAUCAAUCAUGAUUAAAAAAGGCUUUCUGAGUUAAUAAGUACACGAAACGAUUCAAGUGAAUAUGCGGGUCCUCGAACAAAGAAGAGUAUCUGGCAACCCUGGUCUAUUGUUUAGGUACAACACCAUAUACUUGGUAGCUUUCUCAGGUAUAUUUUUCGCG